UAUGGAAUAUAUGGAACAUAUGGAAUGAUAAUGAAUCUAUUGCCAUAGCCAUCAUGGCCAUCCAAGUAUUGGAAAUCCAAUCUGAAGGCAGCCACUUGAGCCCAGUCGCCCAGCUUUCCGUGGCGAGUCCAUCGCUCAGCAUGGUGAAACGCCAUGUGAAGGGCGGCAAAGCGAUGAAGAAGUUUGGUGGACCGAAGACAAAGUCCCAGCCGUGGAAAGUGAAGAGCAGCAUCCAAAAAGCCACGGCCAAAGCCGAAGCGGCGCCCAAACCAGACGUGAAAAUGGCCCCUGUAAAAACAGAGAAGGCCCCAAAGGCCCCGAAGCCAUCCAAGAAGGACCGGCGGAAACAGCGCGCAGCCCACCCCGUGGCCGCCAAGCCUGUGGAGAAAUCGCCCAAGGCAUCGCCCAAAGCGAAGGCGGCUUCCCCCGUGAUGUCCAAGGCCUCUCCACCUGGAUCACCAACGAUGAAGCCAGAGAUGGAGGUGGAUGUGGAGAAGUCCAAGAAACAACGGCGGAAGGAACAGCGGAGGACCAUCCAGGUCAAAAAGACGCAGAUGAAGCAAAAGGGCAACUACUGAGCUCGACCCAACUCCAGACCCGCGGAUGUCGCGGUUGAAAAAG